AUGGAUCACGAGCGCGUUGGCCACCCGGAGUGCAACGCGCGCGUCCCCGCGAUCCUCGCCGCGCUCGACGCCGCGCGAAUCACCGCGAGAGACCGCCCGGGCGAGCUCGUCCUGUUGGAGGACUUCGCGCCCGCGACCGCGGAGCAGAUCAUGGAGGUUCACACGAAGAACUUCGUGCAGGGGCUCGACAUCCUCGCGAAGACCCGCGCGCCGUGCGACGUCGACACCGCGCCGACGUACGUCACGCCCGGGUCGUACGACGCCGCGAUGCGCGGCUGCGGCGCCGCCAUCGCGCUCGUGGACGCGGUCGUGGCGUCGGCGAAGGCGCGCGCGGGGGAGGAAGGAGGACCCGAAAACGGCGGACUCGCGGCGACGGGGUUCGGGCUGUGCCGGCCCCCGGGGCACCACGCGACGCCGCGCGCGGCUAUGGGCUUCUGCCUCUUCGGCACCGUCUCCGCGGCGGCGCGGCACGCGCAGAGAGCGCACGGACUCCAGCGCGUGUUGAUAUUUGACUUCGACGUGCACCACGGGAACGGCACGAACGACAUCUUCCGCGACGACCCCGACGUGUUGUUCGUAUCGACGCACGAGGACGGGUCGUAUCCGGGGACGGGGAAACUCUCCGACGUCGGCGACGGCGACGGCGCGGGCGCGUCGAUAAACAUCCCGCUCCCGCCGGGGUCCGGCGACGCCGCCGCGCUCGCCGCGUUCGACGAGAUCGUGGCCCCCGCGGCGUUACGAUUCAAGCCGGACAUCGUGCUCGUGAGCGCGGGGUACGACGCGCACUGGAGGGACGCGCUCGCGGGACUCAACUUUCGCACGGGGACGUAUCAUCGCCUGUCGACGCGGAUCAAGGCGCUCGCGAACGAGCUGUGCGGCGGGAAGUGCGUGUUUCUGCUGGAGGGUGGGUACGACCUCGUCGGUCUGUCCGAGGGCGUCGUGGACUCGUUCCGGGGACUGUUGGGCGACGCGAGCGGCGAGCCGGGGGGGCGAGCGGAGGCGGUGCCGGGGUUGGGGGACGAGCCGGAGGAUAAAGUGCGCGCGGUGCUACGAGAGGCCAAGGCGCUGCACCAGCUGUGA